AGCCUAAGAUGGAUGUACCGCUGGUCUUGGAGAACUUCAUCGGUGGCACAUUUUCACCUUGCAAAUCCUACAUAGACUCUUAUGAUCCAUCCACUGGAGAAGUGUACUGCCACGUACCCAACAGUGGGAAGGAAGAGGUGGAGGCAGCGGUGGAGGCUGCCAGACAGGCCUUUCCAGACUGGGCAGCCCGAAGCCCCCAGGAGCGCGCUCAGGUCCUCAACAAGGUGGCGGAUUUGCUGGAGCAGUCCCUGGAGGAGCUGGCCCAGGCGGAAUCCAAAGACCAAGGGAAAACCGUAACUCUGGCAAGAACCAUGGACAUCCCACGGUCGGUGCAGAACUUCCGGUUCUUCGCAUCCUCCAUCCUGCACCACACGUCUGAGUGCACGGACAUGGACCACGCGGGCUGCGUGCACUACACCGUGCGUACGCCCGUGGGCAUCGCCGGCCUCAUCAGUCCUUGGAAUUUGCCACUCUACCUGCUGACCUGGAAGCUGGCCCCGGCCCUGGCUGCCGGGAACGCUGUGAUAGCCAAGCCCAGUGAGCUGACUUCAGUGACUGCCUGGAUGCUGUGCAAACUCUUGAACAAAGCAGGCGUUCCACCAGGUGUGGUCAAUAUCGUGUUUGGAACAGGGCCCAGGGUAGGUGAGGCUUUAGUGUCCCACCCAGAGGUGCCCGUGAUCUCCUUCACCGGGAGCCAGCCCACAGCCGAGCGCAUUACCCAGCUGAGUGCUCCCCACUGCAAGAAGCUCUCGCUGGAGCUAGGAGGCAAGAAUCCUGCUGUCAUCUUUGAGGACGCCAACCUGGAGCAGUGCAUUCCAGAAACCAUCAGGUCCAGCUUUGUCAACCAGGGUGAAGUCUGUCUCUGCACCAGCAGGAUCUUUGUCCAGAGGAGCAUCUACAAUGAAUUUCUAAGAAGAUUUGUAGAAGCUGCCAGAAGAUGGAAAGUUGGCAUUCCCUCUGAUCCAUCGGCGAAAAUGGGUGCUCUGAUAAGUAAAGCACAUUUGGAGAAGGUCAGAAGUUACAUUAACAAAGCUCGUGCUGAAGGAGCUCAAAUUCUCUGUGGUGAGGGUGUGGACACACUGAGCCUUCCCCUGAGAAACCAGGCAGGCUACUUCAUGCUGCCCACUGUGAUCACAGGCAUCAAGGAUGAAUCCUGCUGCAUGAAGGAAGAGAUAUUCGGUCCAGUGACGUGUGUUGUCCCCUUUGAGAGCGAAGAGGAAGUGAUUCAAAGAGCCAACAGUGUUAAAUAUGGCCUAGCAGCCACGGUGUGGUCAAGAGACGUGGGACGCAUCCACCGCGUGGCUAAGAGGCUGCAGGCUGGCUUGGUGUGGACCAACUGCUGGCUUAUCAGAGAGCUGAACCUUCCCUUUGGGGGGAUGAAGAGUUCUGGGGUGGGGAGAGAAGGAGCCAAGGACUCCUACGAAUUCUUCACUGAAAUCAAAACCAUCACGGUCAAGCACUGAUGGAUUGUUCC